AUUCAUUUUCCCCUUUGUCCCAAGUCAUUUGCAUAUAGUCAUACAAAUAUUCUCCGUUUCGGUUAUCGAGAGAUAUUCAUUUCCCUUUGAUGAAAUCUUGUUAUCUUGUUGUUUGCGUCUAUUAAUUGUUUGAACGAACUGCGGUUACUGAUUUUGCUGGAAACUGUAUUUGAUUUGAUUAUUGAAGCAUUUCUUUUACUUGGCGAAGCGCCGAACUAGAAGUCGUAGUUCGUCGUCAGAAUUCAAAUUUGAAAAUAGGUCUGAAAAUUGAAAAAAAAAAUUCUUCGUCUUGUUGCUAAAUACUCAAAAACCUUUCUGAGGCAAAUGUUCGUCAAAAAUGCCAAGCAUUAGAGCUCCAGCUGCAAGGAAAGCCACUACCCUUUCGGUAGCAGUGAAAUGUAGGCCAUUGACGGAUAGAGAAGGAGGGCGCGAUAUAGUUAGAGUAAACAAUGAUAAGGAGGUUGUUAUUCUGGAUCCUGACCUUUCAAAGGAUUACUUAGAUCGCAUACAGAAUCGUAGCAAAGAACGAAGAUAUGCUUUUGAUUAUGCAUUUGGACCUAAAUCUACAAAUUUGGCAAGUAUUUCAUAUUAUCCUAGGCGUCUAUGAGAAAAGUAUCCAGUCUACAAUUGCUGGGGUUAUUCAAGGCCUAAAUGCAACUGUCUUUGCUUAUGGAUCAACAGGCAGUGGAAAAACAUAUACAAUGGUUGGAACUAAAAAUGACCCUGGACUUAUGGUUCUGAGUCUUAAUACUAUAUUCAAUCGUAUCAAGAAUGACAAAAGCUCUGACGUGUUUCAAGUUACUUGCUCCUACCUUGAAGUUUAUAAUGAGGUUAUCUAUGACUUACUUGAGAAGUCAUCGGGUCACUUGGAGCUCAGAGAGGAUCCAGAGCAAGGAAUAGUGGUUCCUGGCCUUAGAUGUAUCAAGGUUAAUUCAGCUGAUAAAAUCCUUGAGCUUUUAAAUUUGGGGAACAGCAGGCGAAAGACAGAAAGCACAGAGGUCAACGAAACUUCAUCACGUUCUCAUGCAGUGUUGGAGAUUACUGUGACUAGGAAACAGAGAGACAAAUACUCUAAUCAGGUUAUAAGAGGAAAACUGGCACUUGUUGAUCUUGCUGGAAGUGAACGAGCUUGCGAAACAAAUAGUGGAGGUCAAAAAUUGAGAGAUGGUGCAAACAUUAAUCGAUCUCUUCUUGCUUUGGCAAACUGCAUAAAUGCUUUGGGGAAACAACAGAAGAAGGGGCUAGCUUAUGUUCCUUACCGCAACAGUAAAUUGACACGAAUUCUGAAAGAUGGUCUGAGUGGCAAUUCUCAAACAAUAAUGAUUGCCACCAUAUCACCAGCUGUCAGUCAGUAUCACCAUACUGUGAAUACCUUAAAGUAUGCUGACAGAGCGAAGGAAAUUAAGACACACAUUCAGAAAAACAUUGGAACAAUCAAUACUCACGUUUCAGAUUACCAACGGAUGAUCGAUAGCCUUCAAAUUGAGGUUAGCCAGUUGAGGAAGGAAUUAGCUGACAAAGAAACACAACUAAUUGCCAAGCCUUCUGAAAAGGCGUCAGAUGACGAGCUUUCUUGGCUGGACACGUUGAGCCAUGAAACCAGUGAAAAUGUCCAGGAGAGGAUAAAUUUACAGAAGGCCUUGUUUGAGAUAGAGGAGAUGAAUAUUAGCAACCAUAAUGAACUCCAAAAUCUUGAUGAUGCAAUUGCAAAACAACAGGCUGUUGAAAAGGAUGGGGCAGUCGUGCGAGCUCUUAGAGCAAGACGUCAAGUCAUUCUUGAUAAUAUUCGCGACAAUGAUGAGCUCAGUAACAAUUAUCUGAAGGAAAUUGAAGCAAAUGAGAAACGAAGGUGUGAACUCCAAGCUAUGAUUGAUGAAGCUAUUAGCAAUAAUGGAAACAAGACUUACUUGAGAGUUCUGAGUCAAUACAGGCUUCUGGGAAUUGCUAAUACUGAGCUUCAGCUAGAAAUAGCGAUGAGAGAUCAAAUAAUUCACAAUCAAAGGGAAACACAAAAGAAUCUGUGGAGUUUACUCCUUAGUCUAGGCCUUGAUGAAAAGCAGAUAACGGAUCUUGCCCUUAAACAGGGAAUAACAAUUGAAGACUGGACAAUGACUGCCCAAAUUCAAUUAUCUGAUAGAAGACAAUCACCAAACACAGGAAGUGGAACAUAUACUACCUUAUCUUCCUCUCCACCAACUUUUCAACUUGGUGCUAACGUGCCACUUGAACAAUACUUCUGUUCUGUGCCAAGUUCAUUGAGAAAUCGGAGACCACCACUUAUCCAUUGCAGAGAUGAAGACCACAGUUCUUAUUAUUUGCAUGACUAUUCCCCAUCAGAAAAUAUGACACUGAGCGAAGGCGAAAGUUGUUUCAAAGAUGGGACUUCACUUCAUGAAGUUCCUAAUAGGCAUCCUCUUGAAUUUUGCAGUUCGUAUGCACCGACAAGAAACCAAUUUUCUUCAUGCAGUGAAAGUGGCAUGUCAGUGACCCCUUCCCUUGUGGAUUUGAGGCAGCAGCAGAUGGAUGUCCAGUCAAGCUCUAUCAGGCAGCAAAUACGGCCAAGCUGCCAUGCAGAAAUAAGCAACACUGAUUACUUUCACCAUGGAACUACGAUGGUUCAUAGGGUAUCAAGGCAAGGUCGGUUUCACAGUAGCCCCUUCACCCAGAACUUUGCCUCGCUGAACUCUAAUCAUUUACAUCCAAAACUUGGGCAAUUUAACCUGCAAGAUAUGCAGGUGCUUCCUUCCUGUGAUACAACAUCAUUAAGUUCCAAUAGCCGUGAAGCUCGGCCGCCAAGAUUUUCUUAAACAAUCUAUUCUUUCAUUUGAUUCCUUUUCUCAAUUUGCCCCUCCAAUUGUACAUAAUAUAGUAUUAGAGGUUCUAUAGUCAUUUAGUGGAUUCAGUAGUUGGCAUAGAUUAUUCAAUUUAUUCGAGUCUUAUAACAAAGUAAAGACUAAAGAAUGUAGUUGUGCCGCUGCUGCAGCCUGCAGUGCAUACAGCAUACUUCAGUGGUGUGAGCUUUUGGAAGUUGACGGCAGUUGAUGAAGCAGUUAAACAUGAGUCUAAAUUUUCUGUAAGCUCUUGGAGAAAUCACAAUGCCUUGCUAAAUCAUUGCUGCUUUUGAGUGCUGCUACUCAUAUCUAUGCAUUAUCACAACAAAGAAAAAAAGAUGUUUUUUUAACUGUAUAGUAGCAGGAGUAUUUUUCUUUUAGACCAUGAUGAUGUGCCUGUCAGGUUCAGGUAAGUCUAAUAUUUGCUUCGGGAUGUGAGGGGCUGAUAUGUAAUAGUACCAAAAUUCAAAAAGCAAACUAAUGUUCCAAAUUAUCUUGAAUUAGAUACCUUUUCAAGUAUGUUCCUUCAAUUUUUUAAAUAAUAUUGAAAAAUUCAUCACCA